AUGAAGCUCUGCUUUUUGCUUCUGAACUUUGUGAUUCUAGUUUCUGCAAAUUUUCGAUUCAAUUUGAAAACGAUCGGCACCAAAAAGUUCAAUUUGGUCGAUGAGCUGAAUCGAUUCGCUUUGGAAACAAAUGCAACGUCUUCUAAAUACAAAAAUGACAUAAGACGGCAAAUUGGAGAGAUGGAUUUGGAGCCACCAGAUUCCUACUCAAAAAUUGUGAAUUUGUUUUAUGGAAGAAUGCUCCAUUUGAUAGAGAGCAACAGUGAAAGCGACAUCGACACAAUCGCCAAAUACACAAAUGCAGAAACUCAGAUUCUUCUUUGCGAACGUUCGCAAAAAUCCACUUUUGCCGAACUCAAACGAUUCAUUCAACUUCUAUACUUGUACUUCAAGCAAGUGAAGCAAGUAACGUACAGUAUGCAACCACAAUCGAAUAACAGUGUCAAAUUUCAAGUAAAGUACAAAGCGACAACAGUGCGGAAUACAGAAGUGGAGCAGGAAUGGCAUGGAGAGGCGUAUUAUGACUCAAAUCUGAAAUACUACAUCUACUCAACUCUUGAUUUGAAAAGAGACUGUGCAAGUCUUCCAAACGAAAUUCCUGAGCAUCCUGUGGAGCCAAAAGAGGCUUAUAUCAAUCGCCUUAAAUCCAAUCUAACUGAAAUUUUAUUCAAGAACCCAAACGUUCCAGAAUCCACUUAUCAAACAUUCAUUCAGCAAUUUAUGAUCGAUAGAACCCAAAUGCAAUUUUGUGAGCGAAACGGAGAGACUGGCGGACGAUAUACAUUAAGUGAUUUUCUUUUUAAACGAUAUGCGGAUUUGGAUACUUUUACUGACCACGCAUUCUCGAUUUCUCAAUUCUCCGACUAUCAAACUGAUGUCACAUUUACAGUGCUUGGUACAUGGAAGAAUGGAAUAAUUUUGAAGGAUACGUAUAGGUUUAGAGUGGAAGAGGCAAGAGAGAGAAACGGAGAUCAAGGAUGGAUGGAUUGGUGGACGACUUGGGUUUUUGUGGAGUGUUCGGUUAAUUUGACACCCAAAACUGAUCCAGAAUAUCUGAAAAAAGUGUUCAUGCAACAAGUGUGCUUUUCAAUUCCUCCAAUGAUUCAAUUUGGACCGUCCGUUCAGUCCCGAACCACAUUUUUGAGUCAUUUUAUGGAAGGAGAGGAACAAGGAUUUCAUGCACAGAUUUGUGAACAAAACUAUAAACCAAUUUACGAUUUUUCCCAAUUCGAAAAAUGGCUUGCAUCGUGGGUUCUAGAAUAUGAUGGGUCAAAACUGGCAGAAGCGAAAAUCGAUUCUUUUGAGAACUUUUUGUUCACUUGUGUUGUGGAUGUGAUGAAAAAUUAUGGAGAUCAUGAUAAGGAGUGGAAGAAGAGAGAAUUCACGAUGAAGGCGUAUUUUGAAGUGGAUAGAUGGCUGUUAGACAUGGUGAAGCCGAAGCCCAAAUCCAAAUCAAAUGACAAAAAUGCGGAUAAAUCGUGUAAAUCGAAAAAAUUCAGUCUGAUGCGCUCCAUCAGAUCGUUGAGUGGAAGAAAGAAGGCAGCAAAGAAAAAGGCUGAGAACUAUCAGAACAAGGCUCCUUCGAAACUUCCAGUGAUGGCUCUUCUAAUGACCAGAUGUGACCUUCUUUACUAUGCGUGGCUAAAACCAAGUACAAAUGAGGAAGAGUUGGACCUCACUUGGAAGACAAUGGCAAUUCGUAAAGUUCCGACGCCUGCAGUUGUCAGUGCCUAUUAUCCAGCUGCUCGUGGACAAGUACAGAAAAAGUGA